GAAGCUCCUAUAAAUUGGUAAAUGGACAGGGGAAGGAUUGUCCAGUGUUCCUUCUUACAUAGAUGGAAAACAAUGGUGGAUUGUCUGAUGAUAUCUUGUAAUCUGCAGCAAUGGUGUGUGAUGAUUGACUACUGCAAUAUAUCAUCUUUCCAAUGAGAGCUUGCCCUGUCAUAUUCAUCCUUCCAUGAACAAGUCCUGCUUUGAGCUCCAACCAGCCAUUCAGGUUCCACAGAUUUCAUGGUCCCCUGGUUUUGUCAGCAGUCUUGCUGUAGAUGGAAGUGCAUUGAAAAGGAACAGUGACUGAUAAGACAGUGAAGAAAAUCUAGCAAUGAAGUUAGCACUGGAAGUAAGACAGAAACCAGUCAAGAGAAGCUUUCGUUUUUUAAGGAGAAAUAUGCACAAAAGCAGCAGAGGCAGGGCAACAUGGGAGGCAAAUUAUAGUUUGUCUAAGGAGUUUUAUGCUUUGGCUUAUAUGACGGCUGAGAGGAACAGGGGAAGCAAGCUAAGCCAACAUUUUUGGGAUUUAUAUUCUCUUCCAUCUCACAAUACCAAGGCAGGCAAACAUUCUUUAAUCUCAACUGCAAUUUUUGAGAUUAAUGAACUAAAGUUUCGUAUUGGAGAGCUUGAGCAACGAAACCAAACUCUAAUGAAUUCAUUCACAACCAAUAUGACUCAAAGUCACAGUAGUCUCUCACAUGGUGAUGCAAGAGUUUCUUCAGAGCAAGAUGCAUUGAUGCAUUGUACAUCUGAUGAAGUUUCUGUAAUAAUUGAAGAGACCCACAUUGCAGAUGAAGCAAUCAUGGAAGUUACCCUGAAGAAGAUAGCUUCUAAUUCUACUUAUAUGGAACUGAUUGGUACCAUUCUCAAGUGCUUAAGAGAAAUGAAAUUGGAGCCUGUCAGAGUUCAGUGCAGGAAUUUACAGUCAACAAACCAAGUAAUUCAGGUGUCCAUUCGCACCAGAACAAAGGGAGAAGGAUGGCAGACAUUUGAAUGGAAAAAGAUUGAAGAGGGGGUGAAACUGGUACUUACUGCUGCAUGAGCAUGUAUCCUUUUUGUUAAUGGUGAAUAUAAGAGCAUAUAAGAGCAUCCUUUUGUGAUCCCAAAUAAAACCUUUGAAGACAGCCAUGAUCCUAGAUAUGAUGAUAUUAAAGGAGGAAUUUAUUAAAAAACAAUUUAGCUAUUUUCUUCCUAUUCUCAUUAUUGAGGUGUAGGAUUCAGUCCUCUGCAAUAAAGUCUUGUUAACCAUUUUGUCCAGAAAAAAUGUUUGGAAUAAUAUUAAGGUGGCAUGCCUUCAUUCAUACUUA